UCCGGAAACGCGCCGCGGGGCUGUUAGCUCUGCCGGGCACUGGCGGCUCCGUGGCGUUUCCUGCCACGCCAGGCCUGCCUGGGCCGCGCCAGCGCUGCUCCACCAAGGGCCGCGCGUCGGCCGCCGCCGGGCCUGGGUGGGACCUUACCUGCCAGGCUGAUCCGUUGGAGUAGUUCUGAGCCAUGAUGAGUCAUCCGUGUGUGUCUCUUUUGGGCGUUCCUGUUUUGAAUCCUGCCUUGGUCCCUCACCUGGCACAAGGACAAGUGUUGGUAUCAGACCCAUCGCCCAACACUGAUCCAGCUAAGUACUCUGAAAGCACCUCUGCGACCCAACACCAGACGAUGGGGGAAGACGCCCAGCCACAGGAGAUGGCGUCCACAAGCUCCCCAAGGGCCAGUGGCCCCAGUCCUGAAUUCAGACAGCAUGGGGACUCUGACAGGAAGAGAGGGAGCCCACAGAAUCUGCCCAUAGAACAUCAUUUUGCUUGUAAAGAGUGUGGGGACACCUUUCGGCUUAAAGUCCUGCUUGUCCAGCACCAGAGAGUCCACAGUGAGGAGAAGGGCUGGGAAUGUGGCGAUUGCGGGAAGAUCUUCAGGGGGGUGGCGGAGUUUAAUGAGCACAGGAAAAGCCAUGUAGCUGUGGAACCCCGGCCCGGCCCCAGUAGGGCCCUGGAGAAUGCCGCGGAGAAGAGGGAGCAGACGGAGAGGGAGGGAAAGCCCUUCGAGUGCGAGGAGUGUGGAAAACGGUUUAAGAAGAAUGCAGGCCUCAGUCAACAUCUGAGGGUCCACAGCAGAGAGAAGCCCUUUGAUUGCGAGGAGUGCGGGCGGUCCUUCAAAGUCAACACCCACCUCUUCCGACAUCAGAAACUUCACACUUCAGAAAAACCUUUCGCCUGCAAGGCAUGUAGCAGGGAUUUCCUGGAUCGCCAGGAGCUUCUCAAGCACCAGCGCAUGCACACUGGCCACCUGCCCUUCGACUGCGACGACUGCGGCAAGUCCUUCCGAGGGGUCAACGGGCUGGCUGAGCACCAGCGCAUCCACAGCGGGGCCAAGCCAUACGGGUGUCCCCACUGCGGCAAGCUCUUCCGAAGGAGCUCGGAGCUCACCAAGCACCGGCGGAUCCACACGGGUGAGAAGCCCUACGCCUGCGGCCAGUGCGGCAAGGCCUUCCGCCAGAGCUCCAGCCUCCUGGAGCACGCACGCAUCCACAGUGGCGAGCGGCCCUACGCGUGUGGCGAGUGUGGCAAGGCCUUCCGCGGUCCCUCCGACCUCAUCAAGCACCGGCGCAUCCACAGCGGACUGAAACCCUAUGAGUGCGACAAGUGCGGCAAGGCCUUCCGCCGGAGCUCCGGCCUCAGUCGCCACCGGCGGAUCCACAGCGGGGCGCGGCGCUGUGAAUGCAGCCAGUGUGGCCGUGUCUUCAAGAGGCGCUCGGCGCUACAGAAGCAUCAGCCGAUCCACCACGAGUAGAAAUGCCCUGCGGUCCCGCAGGACAGGGACGGAAUCCCCAGAGGGGAUGGCAGAGUCAAAGGAGAUGAACAGUUUUGUAGCGCUUAUAUAUUUUGUCUUCCAAAAGGUUGAGACCGAUUUAUACUGCCACCAGCAAUUUAUAAGUGUUACGUUAUGCCCAUCGAGAGUAGCUUGUACCAUUUAACUUAGUUUGCCUAGUUUAACUGGUAGGAAGUACCAUCGAGGUACACAUGCCUUGAAUCCAAGAAUGAGAGAGGACAAAUCUGGAUGUGGGGUAGGGAGGGGCUUAGAGGUCAUCAAGUCCAAGCUCCCCCCGCCCCAGAAAAAUACACAGAGCUAUUCCAUGGUGGUGUCCUUAUAAUACGAUCCCAACUUUCCUGAAGAGAACGUUGCCCUCAUGAUUUUUGGCCUACUUGAAUUUAUAAAUUUUUAGGGAUGUAAAUAGAACACUCAAAUGUCUUAAAAUAUUUAAUUUAUUAAUUUAGUUAUACAUACAUACUGUAAAUCACAUAUUAUAUAAAAUAAUAUAUUAAUUUAGAAAAUGCCCCAUUUUUGCCAUCCUCCCUUUCACGAAAUCAUUUUACUCUGACUCCUCACGGUCUUCACCGACAUGGGAGCCCUGUUUGAGUCAUCAGACAGUUUCAAGAUACACCCAGUCACUUCCAUCCGAACUCUGCACGGUAGCUCAGUGACAAUCCCUUCAUGAGGCUCUCAUUAGAAAUUUUCUCCCAAGCCACAAGACCAUAUUUGCAGAACAUAAGGACUAUUUCUCUUGUCAUUUUUUAAUCUGUCCUGUGACUCUACAAUAUAACCACUUAAGGUGGUACUUUUUCAAACAACCUUUAAACGUCUUUUCUUUUAAAGCACCCAAAAUGUCGUUGUGAGGCCAAACGCCUAGUAACAGUUACUGAAUCUGGGUUAAAUGUAUCUUUUUUUCUUAAACCAUUUCAAUUUGGUGUCCCCUAUACAUGUCCAAAACUAGCAUCGAUUGGGGUUGUUUUGAACUAAUGGGUCUUGUCCUCAAGCAGCACUAUUUUGUUCAAAACAAAAUAGUUGAGAGCAUGCCCCUAAGAAGAGAUACAUCUCAAGGACUCUAGUGCAGGGUGACGCCUCCUUUUGGAAACAAGAGCCUCUCCUGGUAUCAGGCCUAGAUGGUACUUCUCCAACCUUCCGUUUCUAGCUCUGUAAAACGGGGGUGAUCACAGCACCUACCUCCGAAGGUUAUCACGAGGACUGCCAUCGUGCCUGCAGAGUGCCAGGACCACCAGCCUGGCACGGAGGUACACACUCAGUGAAGGCCAUCUGCUGUCAUUGUCAUUGUCAUAGUUAUUGCCAUUAUUCUGUGGCUUGUCAGUACCAGAACUGGGGAUAGACCCCAGGCCUCCUGACCACCAGUCUCAUCUUCUUUCUCUUAUGCAAUGACUUAAAUGCUGUUUCUGUUGCAUGCAAAUUGUUUGUUCAUCUCCUUUGACUAGUUAUCAAGUUACCUUCCGAUAUAUUGACUUUACGUGGCAGUUCUUUCUAUAUUGAUGAUGAUGUUCUCUUUUCCAGUUUUAUUGCUUUGCUCUUUGUGGCAAUUUUAUUACGUUUUUGUUGUGAAAGCUUUUAAUUUUUACAUAUCCAAGCAUUCAUUUUUUGUCCACUCUGUCAUAACUUUCAUUGCUUCUGUAGCUAGAUAUGAUGACAUUUUCUCCAGAAUUUUAAUUACAAACAAAAAGCUGCAACCCCUGCCCAUCGGAAGGUGAGUACACCAGGUGGGCAGGCUGGAUGGAAAUGGGCCAGAGAAGCAGGCUCUUUCCUCAUCCGAGAUGCAGACUCCGUGUCUAUCUGUGGGCACCACUUGACUAUCCAACCUGGCCACUGCAGCACACUGGAGAUGCUUCCAUCAUAGGUUAACCAGAACUCUGUGACUGUUCAUCAGUAUAGACCCCGCCAGCAGCAGCAGGGCCUGGCCUCACCUAGAUCAAUGGGGUGGUCCAAACUUGAUCUGGGAGCAAGCAGCCCAGCCAUCCUUUGAGCUCCUGGGAGCUUUGGCAGUGCUCGGAGUGGAUUCAGUGACUGAACAGCAGAUUCACCCACGAGACAUCUCCUUGGACACAAGAAGACUCGCCUGGACCACAUCCUCCUUUCAGCCAGUGACUCUAGAACUAGAAAGAGAUUGGUUCAUAGGCUUCUGCUUUGGGCAGCUAGGGGAAAAUUCACCCAUGUGUUCUGGCAUCACUUCCUGCAGCCACACCUAAGCGAGGGCAACAGAGCAGAGGCUUGGAUAGGAACCCUGCCCCUCCGAUGGCUUGCGUGUUAUGUGGAUGGAAGCUGGCAGCACUGCCCUGGGCUAUGACUUGCAACAGUCAUGACCAGGAGGAGCACUAAAGCAAAGGUUUGGAGGGCAGUGGAACCCUUCUGACAGUCUGUGUGGCAUACAAGUAGAAGCUGGUCCUCCUGGGUCCGAGCUGCCAUUUCUAGCGGGCUCCCCCAAGAGGAACAGCAGCAAGGUCUGGCGAGGAACCUGCCCCUCCAGUGGUCCACAGAAGCCACAGAUAGAAGCCAGCCCCACCAGGGCUGUGGUGUGACUUCCCAGCAGCUGUGGCUGGGGACAGGGACACUAGGAGGGCCUGGCAAGAAAGUGUGCCCUUGUGGGCCCACCAAGGCUGAGGCAGAGCUUCCUAGCAGACACAACUUGGAAGGGCUUCUCAGGCUCCCAUCCUGGGAAGCAAGGUCCUACAAUGACCCCUGUGACCUUGGCCAGAAGGUCCUCUCAAAUGGACCCAGGCCACCACAGUGGCAUUAUGCGACAUCUCCACCCUGACCCCUAGGCUGGAGAGGAGCCAAAAACACUUGUUACAUAGUGAUUCCUUUUGCCCUGUGGGCCUCAGUUCUUGGAGUAGUUGUGAAUCUGUGUCUGAAAUCACUACUUUCUUCUCGGAUCCGUUUUCUCUUUUCGAGUUGUUAGGAUGUGUUUUGUACAGCUGUCAUUUGAUAAAGAAGGUUGACCUUGACCAGGGCAAGUCUGGCACCUUUACCUAGAAGUACUCUGCCAUGUCUUGCCCGUUCGUUCAUCGUUUGUUGCGUUUCAUGAGGGAUCCCACUGAAGUAGAUCCCUUUUAUGAAGGGAUCCCAUUGAAUGCAGCAUUAACUCAGAACGUAGCAUAAAGUUAUCACUGCUCCCAACUGGGACGUGGCGUCUUGGCAUCCCUUCCUGUCCUCCUUGACUCUUUCCCAUCUUCGGUUCAAUAAUUUUCUCUCAAACAAAUGCUCUUUUAGAGUUAACACUAAAGAUCUGGUCUUUGCUGUCAAGGUUGAUGGAACAGCUGUUCGUAGUGUUUGCGGUAAAACCCGUGUUCUCUUUCAACGCAGUCUGUGGCUUUAACGUGUGUCAUUUAAUUUCGCCGAGUUCAUUUCUCGCCUCUGGUAACUUGGGGUGGAUUUCCUUGGGCUCUCUAGGUGUACUACUAUGUCAGAUGCAAAAUAUCACCCAGCUUCCUGUCACAUAUCCUUGUCUGUGCAUUCAUGCAUCUACCUCGUUCCAGUUUUCUUUCUACUCUCAUGUAUUCCUAUUGCGAGGGAAUGUGUUCUUUUCCUGAUCCUUUUGUAGUUCAUACACGUGACAAUUGGGUUUUCAUGCACAUGUGUGAGAUGUGCCUCCUUCAAACCUUGUUACUAAGUUGGCACAUUACCCGCCUGACAUGGAAAAAGAAAAAAAAAAAAAAGAAAUAUGUUCUUUUCCUACCAUUUGAAAAAAGAAAUCCUCCAUUACUUUUAUUAGAGUUUUGAAUACUUGUGAAAAUUUUCAAAAGAAACUAAUUGUUUACCAUUUCUGCUGCUUAUUACAAUGAGCUGUGUCCAUUAGCUGUGUCACCCCACUCUUGCAUUUCCAGAAUAGUCCCCACCCGAUUGCAGCAGGCAUCUUUCUCUAGUGGUGUUGCAUUCCAUGUGCUUGAUUUUGUGCUAGAACUGGCACAGCGCCUGCCCUACCUGCAGCCCUGGGUUGUGGCCCUGUUGCAUACCAUGUGAUUUGCCACCCCCCUUCUAGGCCACAUUAAUUCAGCCAGAACUGAACACCUGACCCAAGGGCAGCAGACAAUCUUCAGAGCACAGAGCUGGCAGAACACGACGGACCAUGGACACCACCAGGCCUUCCAGAUCGGCAAUGCAAACAAGGAAACAGAACCUUCUAGGCAUCAGAAGGUGUGGGGGGCAGCACAGUACUCAGAGGAGUGAGGAGUGUGGCACCUGCUGGGAGGAAGGCCUGGCCAUGGUAUGUUCUUGGAUUUCUGGCAGCAGCCCUCAUUGGUCCACGUGUGUCCCCACUACAGACUCCUUGACUUGAGUCAGCUUGAGUGGGUCUCUACUGUUUUCUAUUGCAUUUUGCCACUUGACUGCUUUCCGGCCAAGUCGCACCUGACUGCGUGAACACCUGUUUAAAUGUGUGUUCUCUGUUCUUUAAGAUGGGUGAAAGUUGAUGCCUUCUAGUCUCAGUGAAUUUAACCUGUGAUUUUAUGUCUAGGUAUUGUUCCUUUACUGAACCCACCACGUGCAGGCCAUAAAAUGAGUGAAGUCACAGCUCACCCUGUUCUCUUAUUUUUGAAGUGUUUCACGAUUUCCAGCAUGUCCAUCAGAUGGGGGGAUUGCUAACUUCUCUUACUAAUGUGCUUGCAUUCUGUGGUUCUCAUUGCAUCACUUUGGGUGUUUACUUUGCAAAGCAGAAACUGUCUCUUUAAACUUGGCCCUCAGUGUCAUUUGCGUAUCUCUGUAUUUUUCUGUUGGGUUGGCACUCUUUUCUCAUUCCCCCCAUCUCAUUACCUUGUCUGUUUUCUGGCACUCACUAUAAUCAGCCUUGCACUAGAGCUGUUUGUGGACUUGGCUUCACCCCCUCCUCUUCAGCCCUCCCCCACCCGUUUAAUUGUGAGCUCUUAGAAGACAGGGGUGGCCUUUCGUGUCUGAUCCCCUACCAAAUCUAGCACAGUGCCUUGCAUCAAGUAGAUUUCAAUAAAUAUAUGUUAAAUGGCA